CUAAAUGAACAAAGAUUUUAAUGUAUGAAUGCUAUGCAAUUGAUAAAUAAAAGUAUUAUUUAUAUAAUAUGAUAUUACAAUAAAGUAUUUAAAAUUCAAAUGAAAAUGUUAGUUUGAAAAAAGCAUUUAAAAUUCAAUUCAAAUUUGCCACUAACUACCUUUUAGUGUUGUGUAUGGUGUGAUUCAGGCUUACAAUUUCUCUCUCACGCACUAUGUACAGUGAUUACUCUCUGUAAUGAGCGGCCAGAUAAUAGUCACAAAACAUAGUAUGCUUACCCUCUAGCCUUAAUGAUUGAAAGAGUAUAUAAAUAAGUUUGUUCGCAAUAAAAGAGGAUAAACAAAUCAAGAAGGUUGAUAUUGGAGCUGGAGAUGAGAGUAGCCACUUUGUAUAUUUCGGUGCUAUUUUUAGCUUUUUCAGAAGCUAAAGUGUUGAGUUUAAUGAAAGAUGUUGUUGACAACUGGAAAUCGCAAAAAAAUGUUAGCGACUCCAACGUAGCUGAUAAUUCAUCUUCAGAAAAUUAUUUUGAUAUUCCUAACGAUGAUACAGACUUGAUUAACUUGAACCUGCCGAGAGAAGUUGUUGAAAAUAAAGAUUACAUGCUGGAAGAGGAAUUGAGUGCGAUAGCUGAAAAAAACAAAAGCACUUUACUUCUUGUCAAUGUGAUCUUCAGACAUGGAAAUAGAACAGCAGAAUCGAUGGAUGCAAUAUAUCCCAAUGAUCCCUACCAAUACAUAGAUUUCUAUCCUUUAGGACACGGACAACUAACCAAUGCUGGAAAAAGCAGAGAAUUUAACGUGGGCAAAAAUUUGAGACAAAGAUACAAUGAUUUUCUUGGAGACUUUUAUUACCCAGAAAUGAUAGACGCCCGUAGUACAGAUACCAAUAGAACAAAGAUGUCUUUACAAUUAGUAUUAGCAGGUUUAUUUCCUCCCGAUGAGAAUGAUGAAUUUGCCAAGCAAAUUGGAUAUUGGCAACCGGUUCCAUAUAACUAUUUACCUUCUAAUCAAGAUAGUUUACUUCUACCUUUGGCCUGUCCAAACUGGUUGAUAGAAACUAAUAACCUAAUGCAAACUGAACCGAUGAAAGAAUCAUUAAAAAAAUAUGAAAAAGUUUUUGAGUACCUCAAACAAAAAACUGGAGGAAAUAUUUCCACAUUUUUCGAUGUAUUUUUAUUGUAUUAUGGACUAAGAACCCAAAAAGAGUUUGGACUUCAAUUACCCGAAUGGACGAAACCAGUGUAUCCAGAAAUUUUGGAAGAAAUGGUCAUCCGCCAAUAUUACGUAUUUGUGGGUAAUUACCAAUUACGUAAAAUGUUCGCAGGAGCCUUACUAAAAAAAAUAAUACACGAUUCUCGAAAAAGACUUUUUGCCAAUGAUGGAAGACUAAGUAAAAAAAUUUAUCUUUACUCCGCUCAUGAAAACAACAUUGCAUCAAUACUCAUUUCUUUGGGUGUUUAUAAAAAUCAAAUUCCAGACUACGGUUCCCAUAUUAUCUUCGAGUUUCAUUUGGUGAAAGGUAUUCCGGGAUUUAAGAUAUUUUUCGAUAAUUGGACGGGAGAAGGACCAAAACUGCUCCAAAUUCCUGGUUGUGGUACUUUCUGUCCUUUACUCAAGUUCAUCCGUUUAAAUGAUAAGAUACUACCACGUGAUGACGAGAAUGCUUGCGGACAAUAAAAUUAGUAUUUCAUAUGUAUGAGUAUAUAAAUUGAAUAAAGUUCAUUAGUUUACUGCUCUACAAGAA